AUGAUAAUUGAGGCCAAAGUGCAAGAGCGUUUUACUAGAUUCAACCUCCACCAUCUCCGAUUCUCCGAUUCCACCUCCACCAUCUCCGAUUCUCCGAUUCCACCUCCACCAGCUCCGAUUCUCCGAUUCCACCUCCACCAUCUCCGAUCCGCCGAUUCCACCUGCACCAUCUCCGAUUCUCCGAUUCCACCUCCACCAUCUCCGAUUCUCCGAUUCCACCUGCACCAUCUCCGAUUCUCCGAUUCCACCUCCACCAGCUCCGAUUCUCCGAUUCCACCUUCACCAGCUCCGAUUCUCCGAUUCCACCUCCACCAUCUCCGAUCCGCCGAUUCCACCUGCACCAUCUCCGAUUCUCCGAUUCCACCUCCACCAUCUCCGAUUCUCCGAUUCCACCUGCACCAUCUCCGAUUCUCCGAUUCCACCUCCACCAUCUCCGAUUCUCCGAUUCCACCUCCACCAGCUCCGAUUCUCCGAUUCCACCUCCACCAUCUCCGAUUCUCCGAUUCCACCUUCACCAGCUCCGAUUCUCCGAUUCCACCUCCACCAUCUCCGAUUCUCCGAUUCCACCUCCACCAGCUCCGAUUCUCCGAUUCCACCUCCACCAUCUCCGAUUCUCCGAUUCCACCUUCACCAGCUCCGAUUCUCCGAUUCCACCUCCAACAUCUCCGAUCCGCCGAUUCCACCUACACCAUCUCCGAUUCUCCGAUUCCACCUACACCAUCUCCGAUUCUCCGAUUCCACCUCCACCAUCUCCGAUUCUCCGAUUCCACCUCCACCAUCUCCGAUUCUCCGAUUCCACCUCCACCAGCUCCGAUUCUCCGAUUCCACCUUCACCAGCUCCGAUUCUCCGAUUCCACCUCCACCAGCUCCGAUUCUCCGAUUCCACCUCCACCAUCUCCGAUUCUCCGAUUCCACCUCCACCAUCUCCGAUCCGCCGAUUCCACUCCUCCUGAUUUAUGUCUCCCAUGGAUAUCAAAAUCAGAAAAUGAAUCAAAAGUUCUUGAAGUGGAUAUCAUACUCGUUUUCACAUAUACGACCCAACGAUCACGACCCAAAGUUCGCUACCGCGUAGCUCAGACGGUUACGGCAUUGUUCGUUAAAGAUUUAAACCAUGGAGUUCGACUCCUGACCAGAAAAUCUAUCAACGAAACCUUAUAA